CUCAAGGCAUCCAUAAUCUGAGUAUCUACUCCGCAGCUGUCCGCCCCUGGCCAAAACAGCAUGUUCUCUAUCGCGAGGCACACUGCACCCAGGUAACAUGACUUCGCCUCUCAUCGACGAUAGGCCCUCCUCGCCACCAACAGCUCCACGGCGCAAACCCGUCCCUGGUAGAGGCUUUACGAAGACUCGGCGCGGCUGCUUCAAUUGCAAGCGGCGUCGUGUCAAGUGUUCUGAGCACCGGCCCGAGUGUCAAGGCUGUCGCCGCAUGCGCUUACCAUGCGUUUAUCCCGCAGCUGUCUUGCCUGAUCCUCAGACAGUUCCUUCUGCGCCUACAGUAAAAGUAUGCCUCGAUCAUCUUCGGUUUUUCCAUCACUUCCUCGCCGAAGCAUAUCCACCGCAUCCGUAUGGUGCCUCAGCUGUGUGGCAAGAUGUGGCUGCGCUCUCACACAAGUAUGAGUUCCUGGCCUCAAGCAUACUAGCUCUUGCUGCUCAGCACCUGACUGUGUCCAAUAAAGCCGACUACUCUGUACAAGCUCUAAAUCUCAGAAUCUCAGCUAUCAGAGGCUUAAAUGAUGCCCUAUCGCAACCUUGUCAUACCGCAGCCGAUGCAGACGCCCGUUAUGCUGCAAUCAUCGGCCUCACCUUCCAGUCUACCUACAUGCCAGACGGCUUGAUGGAGUUUAUAGCCAUGAUGCGUGGAUGGAUGCUCAUCUCUACUACUCUGGUAACUGACCAUCGGACAUCCAUGUUCCGUCAAUUCACGCGCGAGUCGUGGGUUGGAAGUAUGGAGAAGUAUAUGGAGGAGCAGCACGGAGUCACUGAUGAUAUAGUAAUUGAAGACUUCCUCGCAUCCCUCAGAAUACUUCAACCAUUACUACGAGGACAAGCUGAGCUGCAGUACCUCUCAAGACUAGAGAGAUUAGCUCUACUGAGCAAAACAUCACCACGAGAUGCACUCUUGGAAAUGGUAUUCUGCUACGCUCUGACAAAUAAGAUGACCGAUGAAGACUACGCCAGCUUCACGGACCCUUCCAACUACGGAGCCCAGAUCCUUCUUGCGCACUUCUUGGUAUUAAACCAUAUGCUAGAAGAAUGCUUUCUUGGCACUAGGAGCAGGCGUUUCUCUUUUUCUAAGAAGAUCACCCAGUUCUGGAUCUUGAAUAUCGGGAGACGUUUGCCUGACGGGUUACAGAGAUACAUGAUGUGGCCUUUGGGUCAGGCAAGAGAUCUUGCUGUUUAGACUCGGUUGAGAUGUUUCAAAGGGCUAUAGAACUGAAGGACGAGGUGGAUUGGGAAAAAAACAAACGCAGCCUCCUUGAAGCUGCAACGAGUGCAGCCUAGAAUGGGAUUAGUAGUGCUCGGUCUAAUUCGAUGCCCCUCAUUCUUGAUCUUAUUUUGAGAAAACGACGAAAGCGACGAACGAGCCAAUCACAGGCCUUAGAUUCAGAUGGUCGGUGCGCAACAGUCAAAAGCCUAGACACUUAACUACAGUCCAUAACCUAUUGGAAUUCACCUCUCGUGUCAU